AUGGAGGACCAGUCGUUCGAACUCGAACACCUUCCCCUUCCCCUGCAAAACAUCAUACUUGCAUUCAACCAGCUCAAAGAAGAUGUUCGUGUUGCCUUACUCACGCAGCUCGGAGAUGCUGCCCGACUCCAACUGCAUGUCGAAGCAUGCGAACAUUUAAAAAAUGACAUUACUUUGGUGAGUCACACAACCAUGCCACCUGCCACCUACAUCACCAUGAAUGAUAGCUUGAAUGCUAUGAUCACGGACCUUGAUGAAGGUAAAGACCGGUCAGCUGAUGAACCCGACAUGGCACCUAUUGAGGUGGUCUCCACUAUUCAUACCCAUCGACGUGGACGUCCUCGAAUUGACAUCGACCCAGAGGUUUUAGCUACAGCCCUUCAAUUUGCAGGACCAACAAGGCUUGGUGCUCUUUUGGGUGUAGCACCACGCACUGUGCGACGGAGGGCACUAGAACACCAAAUUGUUGAACCUGGGAAUCCAGUUUAUGUCGAGUUCACUGAUGAUGAAGGCGAGACACUUCGAUAUUAUACAUCAUCUACUGCGGCACAGUCUUCACUCCCUGACAAUGAGCUUGAUGCUAUCAUGUUGCAGAUUCUCACUCAGUAUCCCCGCUUUGGACGUCGCAUGAUAGAUGGCCAGUUACGCCACAUGGGGGUCAUUGAACCUCAUUCUCGCAUCCAAGCGUCAUACUCUCGUAUUGUCAUGCAUGGUUUCAUUGAUGGAUAUUCUCGUUACAUCACUGGACUCCGGCCGCACAAUAACAAUAGAGCAGUCACUGUCAUGAAUCUUUUUCGACAGAUUGUUCAUGUCCACGGUAUCCAAGUCGUGUUCGAGGAGAUCAUGGGGUGGAAAAUGUUGAUAAGUGUACACAAUAUACGUAUUGAGAGAUUAUGGGUCGACUUCACACAGGGCAUCGGUUCCAAGUGGAAGAGUUUUUUUCAAGACCUCGAGGCCACCAGCGGCCUA